UACAAAGUGUAGGUAUGUCAACGUCUUUGCAUAUUUGGAAAAUUGUUCGAGAUGGAAAACGUCACGAAGAAAUAUAAUAUUGCCAAAAAUAUUUAAAUAAAAACAAAUGAAGUUCUUGAAACUGUGAUUAAUAAACAGCAAAUGUGUAGUAUUUAAAUAAUAUAUGUGACGCGUCGUUGGUGUUAGAGCAAUUGAAAGGUUUGGCAAAUCCCUCUAGUAUUGUCAAAUAGGUACACAAAAAACUUUCCAGCUGGUGCCAUUUGUGAAGUUGGUGCCGCAAUAUCUCAUGUGAUAGCUUAAGUGGAUAAACCACAAAACAUAAGACAUUGACCGCGUUGAUUACUUGAGAAAUAUCAUUUCGACUCGGUCUUGUUGUAAAAAAUCACUGUGUACAUAUAAUAAAUCGUCCGCUCCCCUUUCCUAACGUGGCCAAAACUCGAUAAGGUGAGCGUGAUAUGAUUUUGGUUUUGAUGACGCAUUCACGAUAAUAAACUGAGGUGCAGCUCAAGUACUUUGAAGUCAGUUUCAUUGUUUGCAAAUAAAGCAUGAUUGUUGGCAUUUGAAUACUAAUUUCAAAAACACUUGCUAAUUAUUGUAGAGAAAUUAGCUAUUAAUACACUGAAAGUAAGAACUUUUAUAAGGCAUGGCAGGCAUUCCCUCUAUACCACCGCUACUUUGCAACACUCCGCCACCAAUAGAUUUUGGUGAAGAGGAUGACGAUUCCGGUUUACCGCCCACGUUAACGCUCGAAGAUGAAGAUGAUUAUGGUGAUUUUGCAUUGGGCGCAGAUAUAAAUGAGGAUACAACCAAUGCUGAGGUAUCUUCGUUACCACGCACACCUCAGUUUGAAUUAAGUUCUUCAACAACCAGCGGUUUUACGGAUAUCCCACCCGCUUUCGAAGAUUGCGGCACUCUAUCUAUAACGUCUACAGAAUUUAACAAUUCUGCAGCAAAUGAAGAAGUCAAAACACAAAUUCAGCUAAAUGAAGCAUUCAAUUACAAUGUAACACAGACAUUUUCAUCACCAAAUGGCGAAAAUAAUAACAACAACACUCUAACUACAGAUGCUAUGAGAGAACUAGAACAAAUUAACAAUUCCGAUAAACCGUCUGCGCAGCAAAAUGUGAAUGAUAAUAAACCAUUAGACUUUGAUUCAAAUGAGGCCAAAGCUACAACAACUACAAGUACACUCAAAGAUCAAGCUGAAACCUUAACUGAAAUUACAACUAAAGAAGUUAGUCAAGUUGGAGAUUCUAAUGCAGCAACAAGUGAGCCGGAAACUGAAGUGAAAUCGAAUUUUAUGCCAAUAAUUUCACAAAGUCCUCCGCCAUUAGCGGACCUAGUGUUAUUAGAAGAUUUAGCUGACGACAGUAGCGAUGAGGAGUGUCAUCGUUCACCAAAAAAAUCACCCAUAUCAACAACGGCACCACUGGCGGACAAUAUUGAUAAUGAUUCCCAGGAUUUCUUUGCAAUUCACGUUGUUAAUACGCCCACUUCUCCGAAAGAAGAUAAAUUUUCAACGAUUGCAGACGAUAUAAAUAUGAAUAACUCUUUCAACCACAAUAACAAUAACACGAGCGAUUUACCAAAUACAACAAAUGCAAAUUUAAAUGAGCAAGUACAUGAUGAAGGUGAUGAUGAUGAUGAUUUCGGUGACUUUGCCGAUUUCGAGACAGCAUCCGAUUUCAUGAAACCAACAGAGCAUAAUGGAUUAGUUACAGCUGAUUCGAUAACCACAUCAUUGGUCGAUAGCAACCAAAAUGUGGAAGCGUUAGUCGAGCCACCACCGGAUACUGCAAUCCCAGCGGAUGAUAAUGAUGAUGAUGAUUUUGAUGAUUUCCAAGACUUUACUUCAGCUCCAGCGCCAACACCGGCUGUUGUGCCAAUCAUAUCAGCACCGCAAGCAUUAAGCAUAACAGCAGAGAAUAAUAACACCAACACAAAAGCUGGACCAUUGAAAACUGACAGUGUUGGAGCUGAAGUGAGAAAAGGUGUGGAAUCUGCAGCAACCUCGUUUGAUAAUGAUGACGAUGACGAUGAUUUUGGCGAUUUCGAAGAGGCUACAUUUGAAACACCUGCAAGUCAAUACACUUCUGCUGCGCCAGUUUUACAAACAACAACGCCAGCGCCAGCAACGACUGUCUCUAGCGCCAAUAUCGGUGAACGUUUAGGUUCGGUGCUCAAAAUGAUGUUUCCAACGGAAGACGAACGUACCGCUGAAAAUAAUGAGUUGCAACAAACAGUAAAAGUUGCCAAUAACAUGAACGAAACACUUCCUUUAGAAGCAAUAGAAGCUGCCAAAGCCUUAGAAUUUCAAUGGCCACAAUCAGAAAUGCGACAUGCCCUCAUACGUUCGAUAGGCAUCGAUUCGCGAAAUAUUCUCUUCGGUGACAAUUGGAAUCCCUCAAUGCCACGCUUUGCUGCCAAUCUCAGUUUUAACCCUCUAAAACCAAUGAAACCGCAAACAGCCAACACUGUGCCAAACACAACAACAUAUGCCGAUGCCGAUACAAUGCAAUAUAGCAUAAACAGUGGCGUUAGCGCUGCCGAGCCGGACAUUAGCAGUUAUGCUAAGAAAACGGAUGUACCUGAUGUUGAAUUCGAUUGGCAAGGCACCGGUUUGGUGAAUCCACUUGACGGGCCCAAGAGCGAGACAAACACGCGAGAGACUGAAGCGAUUCAGCCGGCGGCGCCUAUUGCACGGUUUGAUACACCCGAUGACGAGCAGCAAUCGCAUACAACCUUUUCAAGCGUCGGCGAUAACAUUUCCGAAACCUUAAGCAAAAACGAUAACGAACUGACGGCAUCGCCAACCAGAGACGAUGGUCCGUCACCAUUAGCACUGGAUAAUGCCGCAUAUCAGUUCACAGCACCCGAGACCGGCAACACCAUCAGUAGCAGCACGAGUGCCAGUAGUCUAAGCAGCAGCAGCAAACCCUAUGACAAUAGCAAACCGAUGACAACAUUACGUUUGGGCGCCAAUAUCGUCGUGGAUGUUGACGAUGACGAUGAAACGGUGGUUACAUCCACUUACGCGGGUCCGUUGAAGGAGACACACAUUUAUACGCCAUCGAAGGCAGAUGCAGCGACAACUGUGAAAGCUGGCAAAACUGCGGCCAGCGGCAGUGAACCAAUCGAUUUUGAUUAUGAAAUUGCGGCGGCGGGUAUAAUCAUCGAUGAGAAGGUGGUGAAGAAAGAAUAUCGCGAUGUUGAGUACAAUCCUGGUUUUAGUUUAGAAGUGGUUGCUGAAUACGCCGGUGAGUUGUCUAUAGGUGUACCGGGCACUUUAGCAAAUGAACCUAGUGCUUCAGCCGUAACAGUGCCGCAAGCACCAGCAACACAGCAAACAGUCGAAUUCGACACCGAUGAGUUUACCGAGUUUACGGAGUUUCAAUCAGUGCCACCGCCACCACUGGCAACUGUGCCUGCAGUGGAUGCACAUUUUAGCGCCCCCUUUUCCAUCGCCAGUACAAUAACGUCCAAGUUCCCCACAGAACUAAAUGCUAAAGCGCCACUCAGUAGUCAACCGCCCGUCCUACCUGCAGCCAUUGCAAAGGCAAAAGAAGCUAGUAAAACACCAAGUCGCACGAACUCACCGUCGAUGAUUGACAAUAUGAUACUCAGUCCAGCCAUACUGUUGCCACAAGCUAUACCCAUCAGUACGAAUAACGGCACGGCGAAUACGAAGGCCACACCAACCAUUGAGUGGGGCGACUCCACAGCCAGCAUCAAUCCCGAUGAAUUGGCGCGCAUUGAAGAGCUCUUCUCACAACCGAAAAUGCCGCCUGUAGCUGCUGCCAAAGAUGUGAUGAACGCUUCACAAAAAACGACGCCCAUCCAUAACUAUGGCGAAAAGCAUACGAAGAAUAAUUCAAUUUCCAUAAGCGCUUCGGUAGCGAUGAAGGAGCAGGACUCCACACUCAACGAUGAUUACUGGUCGGAGUUUGUGUCGGUGCCGGUGACGCCACAAUUGCCAACUAAUGCAAAUCGCAUGUACAACAAUAACAACAACAAUAGUAUCAAUAGCAAUAACAAGAGCAACAACAACAAUCAGCUGGUCAACACACCAAAGCGCAUGAGCGAUGUGCAUAUCAACAACAGUGCCAACAACAGCAAUAAUGCAAUGCGCUCGCCGCGUCAUCAGCAAGAACAACAACAACAAAAUAUCCAUGCACAACGCACGCUAACGCCAACGCCACAGCAGAAGUCAGCUGCGCAUACGUCGACCAACUUCAGCGCCAAGAGCAAUGUGUACAACAGCAAUAGCAACAGCAACAACAGUAACGAUGAUGACUGGUCCGAUUUUGUGUCGAGCACACCAACACCUGCAUCAGCUCAGAUACAACAACAACAACAACAUGUCACAUCCUAUAUGCCCGCCGCACAUGCGCCACAAUUCAACAGCGCCGCCUGGCAAAAUGCCAACUUCUACAAUAAUCCACUGGGUCUCUAUCACCAACAGGCCAGCAUGCAGACGCGCACAUCAGCGCUAACACCGCAACAACAACAAUUGCAACUACAACAACAAAUACAUAUAAUGCAGGAUUUCUCCACAGCGCCUGUCGCAAACCGUCCACUCCACGCUAUGAGCAACAGUAACAAUGCAAACCACAGCAAUCUACAACAUUCCAAUACAUCAUACGCCUCACCACACCUACAGGUGGGCAGCGCGCGCGUCGCGCCGAGCAUUUCACUAAUACCCGAUUUGGGUUUUGUGGCGCCUGCAUUGCCGGUACACACCGCCUUCGUUAAUGUGUUGCCGAAGACGAGUUUCAAUAGCAAAAAAUGACGUUUAUUAAAUUGCGAGCAGACGCACAAUCGCGGUCGCACAACGCUGGCACAUUCCUAUCGUACGCACUCCAUACCAAACGCUAGUCCCGUUACAGCUGCUGCCGCCACCACAAGCAUACACGACAUCCUCACAUAGAGUCAGCGGCAGAUAAUGCCUCAACGUCACGUGACGUAACGUUAAAGUGUGGAGUUGUGUGAAGCUGUGUGUGUGUGGUUGGCAAGUGAAAGAAAUUUUGUCGCAAAUCCUUACAAGAAAACUGCAACAAUUGGCUGUAGCUUAAAGGAGUUUUUUUUGCUGUUAUUACCUUUAGAUCGUUGUUUAGCUUAUAGAAAUUACGCCACUGAGUUACCGGUUUUCAAAUUCCUUGUUAAACAAAUUCCAUGUGCUGCGCUUUGUUUUAUGUACCUAACGGUGUUAGAAACUGUAAAAUAUAUAUUUGAUUAAAGUUCAGACGAAAUAUAGUGUAAUUUCAUUAAAUUUUUUUCCUUUUACCUCUCCUAAUACAUCGUUGCAACUAACGGUACUUCCAAUAUUUUUGCUUGAGGCUCACUCAAUUCAUUCAAGCUUCUGCAAUUAAAGCAAUAUUUUUGGUUUUCCUUUUAUAAAUAUUUUCUCCGAAAAGUUUAAAAAUUUGGACACCCUUUUCGAAGUUUAAACUGCUUUCGAAAACACAUUUUAACUGUUAUUUACUAUAUUUUAAUACCGGCGGCAUGUCUACCAGCUGAAGUCGAUAAGUUAUGCAUAAAGUGUUGUUGUUUUUUUUGCUUUUGUUGGCCUAAUCAAAUCUCUUGACAGUAGUCGAAAGGUUAUAAAAUCAUUUAAUAAACGUCACCAGGGAGAGAUUACGUUAGAUUUAGUUAAUUGCAGCUAUUAUUAUGCCCAAACGUUCAUUAACUCGAACCAGUGAUUAUUUUAUGAUAUUGCUUUUAUAAUGGAGGAAUGAAGAACGGUAUCCAUACAAUUUACAACAAAAAAAUAAAAACAGCAUUAACAGUGGUGAAUUAGUUAACAUUUAGUUAUAAAUCAAAUGACAUGAUUAACAGUAAAAGUAUAUUUAUAGAUUUUUUUUUUUUUUUGUUAGCGAACUGUCUACUUACGAGUAUUUAGCGUGUAUAUUAUAACUGUUUUCCGACUUGAAAGACAACUAACUUGUGCUUUGUGUGGUUAAUAAUGAUUUAGGAUCCUAAAGCAAUUGUUUGCAUUGUCGUAGUCGUGUAAAUUUUUACUAUGUAGUAUGUGUAAAAAAAAGAAAAAAAAACAACAAAAACAAUAAUAAAUU